CGCUCGUAACUUCUCCCCCAUCACCGCUUUAAUAAUCUCACCGCCACGCUUUCCGCACACAACUUCUCCUUCUCUAUAUAAGCCCUAUCCCCCUCUCUCUCUCCCUCAUUCCACAUCCCUCAUGGCCAUAGACACACAGCAAACCUCGCCGGCUGCAGAUCCGAUCUCCCACCACUCCCAGCUACCACCAAUGGAGGGCUUCGGUGGUUCCCAAUCGGAGGAGGAAUACCUCGCUCUAUGCCUUCUCUCGCUCGCCCGUCACGGAUCCCCUGCUUUCUCUCAUACCCCGCCCCCAACUCUCGAUCACAAGUGCUCCCUUUGUGCUAAAGCUUUCGCGUCCUACCAAGCCCUGGGCGGCCACAUGACCAGCCACCGGAAACCGAUCGGCGACAAUCGGCUCUUCUCCGGAUCGCAGCCCGCUGCAUCGUCGUCUUCUGAUGGUGCCAAGGGGCAUCAAUGUCUGAUCUGUUGGAAAACAUUCGCGACCGGACAGGCGCUUGGCGGGCACAAGCGUCGCCACUUUGAUGGCACGAUUGGAAGCGCGGUCGGUAAGGGAUCAGCGGCGGCGAGCGGAAGGUUUCGUGGAUUUGAUUUGAAUCUGCCGCCGGUCAUGGAUUUGGAGAGGCAAUGUUGGGGUUUAGAAGAUGAGGACAAGGAGCAGAGCCCUAAUUCGGUGAAGAGACCUCGCCUUCUUAUUACUGCUUAGCCCUCUAUGGGCUUCAAAACUGUGCAGAAGCUUUCAUUGAUUUGUUGUUUUGUGUUGUGUUGUUUUUAUUUUAACUUUUAAUGUACAUAAGAUAUAUGUUAUUAUACUUUUAAUUUGAUUUAUAAAAAUGUGAGUUUUAGGCAACGUGUUUAUUGUUGAGCGAGUUUUGUAAGUAAACUUUCAGUCAAUUUUAGAAAAAAUUAUUGCAUACGGACACUU